AGAGAGAGAGAGAGAGAUGGAGCUCUUCAAGAUGUUCAUGUCCCUUGCUUUGCUUUCUGUGGUGGCAGUGUUUGUGCGUCUGUACAAGGCUCUGGUGACGGAGCCGGCGAGGGUUCGAAGGAUACUGAAGAAGCAGGGAAUAAGCGGACCACCACCAAGUUUUUUACUUGGUAAUAUGAUGGAGGUCAAGAAGCCAAUCGAUGCCGCAGCGAAAGCUACUAAAUCCGCCGCCAAUAAUGGAACCCAACUCGACCACAACUGGGUUGCUACUCUCUUUCCAUUCUUCGAGAAGUGGAGACAAAUAUACGGUGAAUUGUUUGUGUUUUCUCUUGGUAAUUCGCAAAUAAUGUAUGUGAAUCACCCUGAUUUGAUAAAAGAGAUAACCACGCAUACAACCUAUGACUUGGGUAAACCUUCAUAUCACCGAAAAGAGUUUGGUCCUUUGCUUGGCGACGGCAUUCUUACCACAAAUGGACCUACCUGGGCAUAUCACAGAAAAGUCCUUGCUCCUGAAUUGUACAUGGAGAAAAUCAAGGGAAUGAUAAGCCAAAUAUCAGAGUCUGUAGUUAUUCUGGUUGACGCAUGGAAGAACAAAAUUGAUUCUGAGGGUGGACUUGCAGAUAUAAACAUUGACGAGUACAUGAGAACCUUUUCCGGAGAUGUGAUUUCCAGAGCUUGUUUUGGUAGCAAUUAUGUUAAGGGAAAAGAGAUUUUCAACAGACUUAAAGUUCUCCAGGAGGCUACUUCUGAUAAAGUUUUGUCCAUUGGUAUCCCUGGAAUAACAUAUCUUCCAACAAAGGCUAACAGAGAAGCAUGGGCACUAGAGAAAGAGAUUCAUAAUUUGAUCCUAGAGGUGGUGAAGGAGAGGAAGGAAACUGGGGCUGAGAAGGACCUUUUGCAAAUGGUCAUGGAAGGCGCUGAAAAUGGUGAAAUGAACCAAAAAGAAAUAGACCAAUUCAUUGUUGCUAACUGCAAAAACGUAUACUUGGCAGCGCAUGAGGCUAGUGCAAUUGGGGCAUCAUGGUGUCUAAUGCUCUUGGCCUCAAACCCAGAAUGGCAAGAUCGAGUUCGUGCUGAGGUCCUUGAAAUUACCGGUGGUCAAACACCAGAUGCUGAUAUGCUCCGUAAAAUGAAACAGCUAACUAUGGUCCUUCAAGAAACGUUGCGUCUUUAUCCAUCUGGGCCUGCAUUGGCAAGGGAGGUUUUGAAUGAUGUGACAAUCGGGGGUUAUCAAAUACCGAAGGGUGUCAUCCUUUGGACCAUGGUUGUGACAAUGCACACUGAACCUGAAUUCUGGGGACCCGAUGUCUUGAGUUUUAACCCAGAGAGGUUCGCAAACGGAGUCAAUGCUGCGUGCAAGCUUCCACACGGCUUCUUGCCUUUCGGAUUCGGGCCACGAAUCUGUGUUGGGCAGCACUUGGCCAUGGUUGAACUGAAGAUGCUAAUUGCUUCCCUUGUGUCCAACUUCUCUUUCACUCUCUCUCCCAAGUAUGUCCACUCUCCGGCUCUGAAAUUGGUGAUAAAGCCUGAAUUUGGAGUUGACCUUCUGAUGAAGAAGCUCUAAGCUGCACCUUUAGAUACAUUUUCUUCCAAGAGAUAACUAGUUGCAGUCCGGGCAACAAAACUUAUGUUGAUAUAAGGGGAGAAAACAUCUUCCUUAAUUUUAAGCCCACUAUUGUAUUUUUUGUUUGUUCUUUAUACUGUUUGAUAUUACCUAUAAAAAUGGUGUAUGAUUUCAUAAGUAAUCCAAUG